AUGGUGAAUGAUGGGUAUGGUAUGAAUUUGGCAUGCAAACUAAAUGAGAUGGUUGGUGUUAAAGUGGCAUGGUAUUGGCAUGAACUGAAAUCCCAGAUCUAUGGUUUGAGAGAAAUGGAUGGGUAUAGAACCACUGAGAAAGAAAUGAAAACGGUGAAUUAUCAAGAGAUGGUGGCUCCACAAUUUCACAAUGGUAGUACUGGAACUUACGUCUUCUCAGCAUGGACAUCGGAUAAUUUCAAGCAGACAGGAUGUUAUAAUCUUCAGUGUUCAGGUUUUGUCCAAAUUAGUCAGGAUAAUUUCAUUGGUUCACAGUUGCACAAGAUAUCUGUCUACGGAGGGCAAAUGGCAGAUAUUACAAUUUCUAUUACUAUGGAUCGAUAUACUAAAAAUUGGUGGUUGAGUGUUGUUGGACAUGAUAUUGGAUAUUAUCCAGCAGAAUUAUUCUCAAACAUGGCCUCAGCAGAUCGAGUGGGAUGGGGUGGGAGAACAGUUACUCCUCCUGGUCUUCCCAGUCCUCAAAUGGGAUCUGGAAUUUUUCCAGAUGGAAACUUUCUUCAUGCUGCUUACUUUAAGUUUAUCUCCUUUCAAAAUGAAGAUAGAAAAGAUGUAGCACCUAACAAACACAUGAUAGAUGCAUUUGUCGACAAAUUCGAUUGUUUCAACACUACGGAGAAAAAGGAGGAGAUUUCGGAAGUAUUCUCCUAUUUGGAGGACCCGGUGGCAUGUGUGGCGAUUGAUGAUAGGAAUAUACAGCUCUCUAAAGUUGAAAAUGAAUCAACAUAG